UAAAACAUUGCAUACGGACAAAGCUGUAAAUGUGCGUAUGCACAAAAAAACUCACGGCAGACAUGAAGUUGGCGUGGAAGAAUGCACAUUCUCACGUUAAUUUCACUGUUAGUACAUCCGACCGUGAGCGUGAAAGCUGGCGUACGCAAAGUUUUGCGCUCUGGGUUCGGGUGGGUUCGCUCUGGAUUUGGUGGGGGGGAUGGGGUUUGCGCUCUGGGUUCGGGUGGGGGCUUUCGGUAGGAACUGGCGAGCUUGGAGCCCGCUCCUCAGACAACAUGCCAAAUACGCAUACCAUUUUCUAGCCUUGCUCUAUUGUUAUCAUCUGCAUUAGGUGAACUCGUGAAAUUGCCUUCACGUGUGUUUAAAAAGUGCUGAUUUGGGUUAAACCUAACCAAAACAGCCUACACACCUUAUCACAACUUUACUAUUUACCAAAGAAUUUCUUUAAACUAAGGAGAAAUGUAUUGUUAAUGUUCGUUUAGAAAAAAACCUCCCAAAAAUACCCUUCUCUAACUACAGUUGGAUUUCUGCCCUGAUACUGUUUACAUGUAAGCUUACAGUUUUGGACAUAAGAGAAUGCACAAAAUCUGGAAAAAUGUAAUGGUGCGUUAGGAGAGUAAGGCCCGGUUUCACAGACACGGUUUAGCUAAACCCCUGACUUUGCCUUAGUUGAAUUAAGAUAUUUAUGUCGCUUUUAUAAAAAUGCCUUAGGAGAAUAUAUUACUGGUGUGCAUCUUGAGACAAAACAAUGGCACUGAUAUAUUUAAAGACAUUUCUAGGCAAGUUAUAUUCAGUUAAGACAGAUCACACAUUCAUUUUAGUCUGGAACUAGCCUGAAGCCUUUUCUGCGAAACCGGGCCUAAGAUUUGGUCUUUUUCUUAACAGAUUGCUCCUUAUUUCCGUUAGCUAGUCUCACACACAACAUACAUUAUCACAGGAAUUUGUGUGUCGUCACUAUACAUAAUAUAUCCUAGUAUUUUUUCACUUACUGUCCUUUCAUUCAAAGGUUGUUUAUUGCGAACGUGUUUUGGUUCGUGUCAUAUGUAAACGUAUGCCAGUGGUUUUGUCUAAACUGAUGUCAGUGUAGUUUUUAUUACGGCUGUUUAAUGUGCACUGGUUAGUGUACACUUCCCCUUCAGAUGCAUCUGUCUGCUUUCUCUCCUCGAUAGAUGACUUUACUCCCCCUCACAGCAGUCGAAAGUCUUUGAAUCCUGACUGCUUUGAGAGAACAAGACGCUUGUGUUAGACAGCCAGAUAAAAUGCAUCUGCUUCAUUGUUUCCAUGGGGGAAAAACCUGAAAGGCUUUAGCUUUUUGAAUCAACCCUUUUUAAGGAAAAAGCUAUCACUCCUCUUACAAUGCUGGUUUGCUGUGGGCAGUUGUGGCGAUGGCUGUGGUGACGCGAAACGACAGUGAUGUGGAGGCGCAGUUGAUCUACGCUGUCACGCUUCCCUUCUCCUGUGCCAUAGUCUUCUUCAACACGCUCCUCAUUCUGGGCAUCACAUGCAGCCGUCAACUUCACAAUUCGCAACAUUAUUUCUUCUUAAGCCUUCUGGUUGCUGACCUGUGCACAGGUGUGGCCCUUCCCUUCAUACCCUGGAUGGGUCUAAAUCGUCCUCUCAGCUUCUCGGCCUGCCUGCUGGUGCACAUCUUUCCCAACUUCAUCUUCCUGGCCUUCCUCUUUCACUUGGUGCUGGUGCACUACGAGCGAUAUCAGAGUAUUGUUAACCCUCUGCGGCGGGGUCAACUUUGGCUACAUCGCCGGUUCUCACUGACUCUGCUUGCCGUGUGGAUGCUGCCAUUGCUGUUUGCAUUGUUGCCUGCUUUUGGCUGGAAUAACAGGGCUGUUCAUUCAUGCUGUCCAGGACUGAACAGCUCGCAACAUUUAAACUGUGCAGUGUCGUCUGGAGGUGGUUGCUGUUCUUACCGCAACAUCUUUCCAGAUGCUUUCAUCUUUUUGGAGGUAUACGGUCUACUAGCACCUGCCGUCCUUUCCAUUGCCGCCAUGACAUGUCAUGUGCUGUGGAUCACAGGAGAACAGCUAAGGGGCAUUCGACGUCUGCAGCGUGGUGUAGCGAACAAGCAAUGCCGAAGAAGAAUGGACAUGCGUUAUGCUUGCUGCGUGGCAGCCAUUUCUUUUGCCUUUCUGACUUGCUGGGUCCCUUAUAUUGUUUACACCCAUAUGGGCAUGACAUUUUUGCUUAGCCAGGGGCAAAGGAAAAGUCGAACUUGCCACAUCGUACUGUCCUGUACUGGAGUUGGGGGCAUGGCGGUGGUGCCCCUCCUUUUGGGACUUGCCAACAGGGAGUACACAGAUCCAGCCAGAAAACUGUUUCGUAAACUGUGGUACCACUGCAGAAAUACAAAUGUGCAAAUGGACACUACCCUGUGGGUCUGUCAUAGUUAAUGUGAUUAAAAACGUACUUCAUUCCUAAUUUUAAAAUGGUAAUUACAACCAUACGUUUUAAGAAAUUGUAUGUUGGGUUUUAUUGUCAUCCUUUCCAUAACAAUGGCUGUUUGAUUUGAAGCCAAUUUUCUUGAUGCCAAUAACAAAAUAAGAAGAACCUGUGCUGUGCUGUGAUGUGUUGCGUGUGCUUGGUUUACAGCAUGCACACAGAUAUGCAUUUUCUCUUUCAAACUCGAAUCGAUGGUUGUACGAAAAAUUAACUUACAAUUUGUUAAUUUGACAGCCUCUAUUUAUUAGGGUGUUUUGAGUAAAUGGUUAAAAGAAGUAGGCAAGGGAUGUGGGAUUGGCUGUGGAACAUUAAGGUAAACCAACAUGGUAGCUGAUAAUAUUUGUCAUUGUCCAAGAGGUUCACAUUCAGUUUUGAUUCACAUCUCCCAUUCCUGUCAAUCUGUUUUUCCCACUUGAGUUGUGUUUUGAAAAACACAAACUUUAAAAAUACACCUGGGGCCUCAUGUAUAAAAUGUUGCAUAGAAACCAUCCUAAAUUUGAUUUUACGAUAAUUUCUCGGUUUUUCAAGUGCGUAUGUGUGAUUCAUAGAACGCACGUUCGCACCGAAAACGUGUGUACGCCUCUCUAUCAGAUGUAAAAUCAAUAAAUCGCAAAUGAUCGUGAAAUUGCACGCAGCUGAACAGUUUCAGAUUUCCACCUUUUAAUGAUUUAAUGUCAAGGAUAUAUGAAAGAGCACCUGUCAACGUCCAAAUCCUAUACAAGCAGCAAGAAUGACUUAUAUUUUCAAAAACCUCCGGCACUCAGGCAAGCAAAAGUGCAUAAUGUCUGCUCAGACCCUGACGUGGUGCUAAGCACUUUUCCACGUCAAAGUCCGUUUUUAUAAAUAUGAACGUUGCUGUGGAUUUUUGCGCACGCUUUACGAUCAAAUCUGUGCGUACACACGUUUUAUAAAUGAGGCCCCUGAUCUAUUUUACUUCUGUGGUUCUAAAUUGAUAGAGUGACAAUUUUGUUUCAUAGUAAAAACAGUUUACAACUUAUUGGCCAUCACAAAAGCAGAGAAAUUAAAUGUUGGGGAGAGGUUGCAGAUUUCUGGAGUGUUGCCCUGUAAAAGAAAGAUCAAUGUAGUGAAUCGAGUUUUCAGAUUUGUGCCAUUUUCUUUCAGAUGCCCUGAGCGUGAUUAGCUUAUUAUAUUAACCUCCAGAGAUCUAGGCCUGGUUUCAUAGAUGAGGCUUAAAACUAGUCCCGGACUAAAAUCAAUGUUUGAGCUGUCUUAACUGACAAUAAAUUGCCCUGACAUAUUUUCUUAAAAUAUACCAGUGCCAUUGUUUUGUCUAAAGAUGCACAUCAGUAAUAUUUUUUUCAAAUACAUUUUUAUAUAAAUAUCCUUAUUUAACUAAGGCAUCAUUCUUUUGCUUAAGUUAAGCCUUGUUUGUGAAACCUGGCCCCAGAGUCUGACACUGAACUGGUGGGAGGAGAGAAAAAAGACUCAGACCCUUGCCCUGCAUUGAACACCCUACACCCAUAGCGUCUGUGUGUCAAAUUUAAUGUAAGAUGUACUUUACUGCCCCGAACUGUAAAAAUAAUAAUCUGCCUACUUGAAAAGCAUUACCCUAAUAACCAUAAACAGCACUGCAACAUCAUGAUUUAGUAAAGCAAGUGGCUUUUUUACAUGUAUAAUAACUGUAAAAAUUGUAUUAAAGGGGCGAUGAAUUAAUAUCACAAUUUUAACCCGAGCUUUUGUUAUAUAAGAGGGAAUCGUAUUCACGCGAACAUCAUGUAAGUGUCAGAACUGAAAACGCCCUUGUUACUGAGAUUACAUCUGUUAUUGACACCAGGCCCAGCGAAUGCCAGGUUCUGGAAUGCACCUAUCUAAGACAAUGAUAGGUUGAACACCGCCUCCAAAGAAAAAUAUCAAUGACUACUUCUCUAGCCCCGCCCACUGGUUCGCGCAUGACAGAACCAGUGGCGCGGAACCAGAUAGAGCGAGCAAGCAAUAAACAAACAUGCCGUUAAAGAUAGCUAAAUAUUGUGCCAUCCCAGGUUGUGGAAGAAUACAGUCGCUGCAUAACCUUCCUUCGGAUUCCGAUAUUAGGAAUGCGGGGUUAAAGUUUAUUUUUAAAGAUGUUCCAGCUCAUGUGGUAAAAACAUGGAGCGUUUGUUUGUUUCAUUUCUCCGAGGAUUCCUUCGUGAACAAGGCACUGGAUUUGUAGA